CUAAGUGACGCCUGAAAUCAACGCUGGAAUGCAAGCGAAUAGAAAUCUUGUUGCAACGGCAAUAUAGGUUUUACCACUGGUUUUCGUAACGUAAUGUGUAAAAUUAUGUCUACUAAAAUCAGGCGAUUAUUCGAAGACUCUAAGCAUUUCCGACGAGGAAAACAAUAGAAACUGAGACAUAGCCUGCGGCAGUAUUUUUCAGAACAUACAUUUUUAGAUGUGACAUCGAAGAGCAAGGUAAACCUGAGAGUGCUCAAGAGACUUCAAGAAUAUUGGGAAGGAAUUUUCUAGCUUUGUCAUAAGAAUUCACCCAUAACAUCCGAAACAAUACCAUUGUGUGAUCAAAUUCUAAAAUUGGCCUGACUGUGGCCUGUCGGUGUGCGCUAUUGCAGCUACGUUAAUCGUUUAAGAACAGUACCUAUUGAGUUAAGUGUUCAAACGAUUAAUACGACCAAGAAAAGAAUUCAGUUCAACAGGAUGAAUGUACUCGUACUUGUCAUAUCUAUAGCGGUAACUGCCCAAACAACAGCACACGCUCGCAAAAUCCCGCUUGAUCAAGCACCGGCGUCUGGUCAACAAUGUCUAUCUUGUCAGGGUGAAGACUGUAACGGAGAAGCGCCGGUGACAGCUCACUGCAGCCAAGAGUGCGCCACAAUGGUCGAUCUAGGAAGUAGCGACCAACCCACUUACGACAAUCCGCACAUAGUGAAAGGUUGUUCAGAGGAGAUUUGGUUCAGUCAGCAUGGUGGAUGUCGGAACGAGUGUUUUGACGAACGGAAGAUUUUUGGAAUGCAAAGUGGAAGUAAGGACUGGAUGUGCCUUUAUUGUUGUACAGGCGAUAUGUGUAACAAAGUCACCCCCGGAAUCAACGCAGGAUCCAGGGCGAAUAAAGAUUCUAUUGUAACAACGAUGCUAAUCAUUCCGCUUUUACAUCUUAUUCGUGUGUGCAUGUUGUAACGGCGAACAGCUUCGUCGUUUAGAUAUAUUUAUACCACCAGUAGACACUGACCAUGUUCAGCCUUUUUUCUGGAGAGAAGAAGAACUAUGUACUGAUUUAUCAUCUUCGUUAUUUGAGUUUUGAACCCGCGCAGCAGAACAAUCAUUUGUGGAUGUAUCAGUGAUGAGAAAAUUAGCCUAAGUGUGCUUAGUUCAAAGAUUUGAUGAAUAUUUUAGAGAUUGUCUUUAGAUAUUGCUCCAGAGACAAGUAACGGUCUUUGAUAGUACUCCUGUAGCGGAAAAAAAUUUAUAAUAGCUGACCAAUUCUGAUUUUGUAGUGAUACUAGCGUGUUAUCUAUUGGAUCAUAUCCUACAGCAAUUGUUUUCUGCCUUUUAUACAAUACUUCUGAACCAAAUAAAUGAGAAACAACGAGGACAAGAACUAUGAUAUUGUGUUCUUAAAUACAGAGAAUUUAAUUGAACAUGUGUAUUGUAUAUAAUUCUAUUUCACACUGCUUGUGGCUCCCACAGGUUCAUGGACCGGGGAUAUAUUUUUUCUGUCUUAAGUGUCGACCGCAAAUAUUUCUCAGAAGUUUCAAAACGCGUUGGCAACUUCACUAAAUGUUUGUUAAACUUUAAAUAUAUAUACUGGAUAUGGGGCUUUUAAUUAUCCAACUGCACCGUGGAAGAGUACAAAUAUCCUGCGAUAUUGUAAGGUUAUUUGAACGGUUGGUUAUUUUGUGCCAGUCGGCUGCGAGCGCUACGCUUCUCUAUCCGCUUUGCUUUUCCCGGCUUAUGAGAAAUGAGCAGAAAGACUUACAGAAAAAAAAAAGCAACUGGA